GCAGAGGGAAGUGUCUCUGGGGACAGCAGCUACGACUGAGUCCACAGGCCGACACUGAGCUGCUCAGGCCGAGGCGGUGCGCUCAGCACAGAGGCCCUGGAACAGGCAUCUGCAGGUCGUGAGCUGAGGCCGCCGCGAUGCCGCACUUCCUGGACUGGUUCGUGCCCGUGUACCUGGUCAUCUCCGUGCUCAUCCUGGUGGGCUUCGGCGCCUGCAUCUACUACUUCGAGCCUGGCCUGCAGGAGGCGCACAAGUGGCGCAUGCAGCGCCCCCUGGUGGACCGUGACCUCCGCAAGACCCUGAUGGUCCGCGACAACUUGGCCUUCGGAGGCCCAGAGGUCUGAGCUGACCGGCGCCGGGCACCGGGCGCCCUCCCCCGCCUCGCCCAGCCUGGAGACCCUGAGGCAGAGAGAGGACAACGUCUGCUCCUCCGGGCCACCCCUCUGGAGCUGGGCCCUCCCAGCAGAAGCUUCUGGGUGCCCCGGGUGGACACUGGCUGCACCUGGUGAGAUAGGGGCACCUGGGUAUCUUGAGGUGUCACUGCUGCUGGCCCGGGGCUUGCUUUCCACCUCAAGCCAGUUCUCUCCACACCUGCCCUCCCCAGCUCUGGGUUUAUCCCCCGCUGGCCUCCAGUGCCUUUGUGCUGCCCAGCACUCUCGCCUCUCACCUGGAGUCAGGCGCCGCCGCCCCUGCCUGUCCUAAGUGUCUAGAUUCCCACUUCCCCACUGAAUCCCCGGUGACACUCAACGGCCCGCUCCACCCGAGGAGGCAACCUCCCUGCAGCCUCACAUGGCAGGCUUCAAAGCUGACCCAAGGGAAAGGCCCUAUUUGGAGGGGUGUCUGCUCCUUCCAGUUCAGCCCCACCCCUCCGGACUCAGACUUGGCAACGGUGAGCGUGUGUGACGGGGUAUGCAGAGGGGUGAGACCACAGAGGACGGAGGGGUGUGUGUGUGUGAAAGAGAGAGAGACAGAGAGAUGAGAGAGAGAGUCUGGGAGGGGGGAGUGGGGAGGGGGACAGGCAGGUAUGUAUGUGUAAGAGGGAGAGCGGGGGGGCCCCAAGCAGGGCGGGAGGUGGCGGGGACGGGGCGAGCCUGUGAUAGGCUGCCCACAGCGGUUCUCACCUCCCUCCCUGUGCCAGGUUUCCCUACUCUCUCCUUCCCCAAGGCCCCUGCCCUGUACUGCAGCCCCCAGCACCAUCCCCCUGCCCAGCCAACCCCACCAGGGAGCCCUCCUCCUUUGUGGAACACUGUUGCCUCAUUUGGGAUGCCGAGUAGCAGCCUGUCUCACUCUCCUCCUCUGGGGCUUCCCUCUUAGUUUCUUGCAAUAAUAAAGACUUCAUGACUAUUUCUGCA